AUGACACGGAAGAUGCUCGAUUUUCUCUAUGAUGAUCCCUGUGUUGCACGGACUGAAGACACUCUAAUUUUCGUCAGUUCCGAUAGUGAUCAGGCCGUUAAAGAAGUAUUUCAAUACUUUCCCAAUUCAUCUAUUACUGUGCCCGGUCCAAUCAUACAUAUUGAUCAUGUUAAUAAAAUACAAGCACGUAAACAAAACAGGGAGAAGAAUUGUGCUGGUUUGAUAAAGGUCCUCACUGAUUUUUAUGUUCUUGGCGAAUGUCAAGCAGCUCUACUUUCAUAUAGCGGCUUUUCAAUGUGGGCUAAUCAACGAAGGACGAAUCCUAAUGAUAAACUUUUCAUAUAUGAUGAUCGAUUAGGUAAAAUAAAAAGAGCUAAAAUAUGAUGACGUCGGUUUUCACGUUAAGUUUAAUUUACCCUGCUACACCUUUUCAGAUUCGAGAAAAAAUGUCAUCAAUUGUUUUUAGAAUUUGAUCAAAUCAUCAAUUCAUCAGAACAAAUUGCAUGAGCGUGUGGGUGUGGGUAGGUGACAGGUGUGGAUGUGGGUGUGGCUGUGGGUGUGGGUGUGGGUGUGGGUGUGGGUGUGGGUGUGGGCGUGGGUGUCGGCGGGUGUGGGUAUGGGGUGUGGGUGUGGGUGUGGAUGUGGGUGUGGGUGUGUGAGUAUGCGUGCGGGUGUGAGUGUGGGUGUGGGUGUGGAUGUGGGUGUUGGUGUGGGUGUGGGUGUGGGUAUGUGAGUAUGCGUGCGGGUGUGAAUGUGUGGAUAUGCGUGUGGGUGUGGGUGCGGGUGUAAGUGUGGGUGUGGGUACACGUCUGUUAUUCAUUCGCACCCACCCACACCCACACUUACAUCCACACCCACACCCACACCCACACCCCACACCCACCCACACCCACACCCAUACCCACAUCCAAACCUCCAUCACCCACACCCCACAGCCACAUCCCAUACCCACCCACACCCACACCCACACUCCACCCACACCCACACCCACACCCA